AUGAACGGCGACUUCUCCCGCCGCUCCUCCGCCACAAAAGAUGACGGCGACCCCGCGGUGUGGACGGCGGUCGACGAAAGUCUCCGCGAGGUGCAGUCGAUGUUGGACCGUAACCGCCGCCUGAUCGAGGAGGUGAACGAGAACCAACAAUCUAGGCUCCGUCACAACAUGGUCAAGAACGUGUCUCUCAUUCAAGAGCUCAACGGCAACAUCUCCAAGGUCCUCUCUCUCUACUCCGAUCUUAACUCCAAUUUCUCCGUCGCCUUCCAAUACCACCACUCCGCCGCCAACGUCGCACGUGACAAAUCGUGA